CUCUUCUCUCUCUUUAAACCAAACCCCUCACCGUUCCUUCUUAUCUCCAUCUCUCUCUCUCUCUCUCUCCGUCUCUCAGAUCCAAACGAAGGAGUACUCAUUCUCUCAUGAAAUUCGGGAAGGAGUUUAGAACCCAUCUCGAAGAAACCUUACCAGAGUGGAGAGACAAGUUCCUUUGCUACAAACCCUUGAAGAAGCUUCUCAAAUACUACCCUUACCCUCCCCCCGCCGACGACGAUUCUUCCAAUUCCGCUCAGAUCGAUUCCCGUCAGGUCUUCGCCGACACCACUAACUUAUCUCCUUCCGACGAUGCUGCUGUGAGGCCUGCGGAGGAUCUUCAGGGCUCGUUCGUGAGGAUACUCAAUGAGGAGCUUGAGAAAUUUAACGACUUUUAUGUUGAUAAAGAAGAAGACUUUGUCAUCAGAUUACAGGAGCUGAAGGAAAGAAUCGAGAAGAUCAAGGAGAAGAACUGCAAGAAUGGGGAGUUCGCAUCAGAGAGCGAGUUCAGUGAAGAGAUGAUGGAUAUCCGCAGAGACCUUGUUAGUAUUCAUGGCGAGAUGGUGCUCCUUAAAAACUACAGCUCUCUAAACUUUGCAGGACUAGUCAAAAUUUUGAAGAAGUAUGAUAAGAGAACAGGAGGACUUCUUCGUUUGCCUUUCACACAAGUGGUUCUCCAUCAACCCUUCUUCACAACUGAGCCACUUACUAGGUUAGUCCGUGAAUGUGAGGCCAAUCUCGAGCUUCUUUUCCCAUCAGAAGCAGAAGUUGUUGAAUCUUCUAACGCAGUGUCAACCUCACAUCAAAACAACUCACCAAGAAUCUCAGCUCAGACUUCUUCAACUCUCGGCGAUGAGAAUCUUGAUAUAUACAGGAGUACACUCGCUGCAAUGAGAGCCAUAAGAGGGUUGCAAAAGGCCAGCUCGACUUACAAUCCUUUAUCAUUCUCGUCGCUUCUUAAGAACGAGGAUGAUGAGACUGUAACAGCUGAAAACUCUCCAAACUCUGAGAAUCUGCAGAGCAAAGAUGAAUCAGAGAAGGAAGACAAUGGACCUUCCCCUUGAUUUAGAAGAGAAUCAUACUCCUUUUUAUCACCCUGACAUGUCCUAAAGUAUUAACACAUUGAACAUCUGUCCGGAUCCCUGUUUAGGUUCUUUUCAUUUUGCAGAUCACAGCUUUUGUAAGCAUUUGAACUGUAGAAGAGCAGCACUUUAUAGAUUUCUAAUAAUUUUGUUCUUCAUUGUCUCAACCUUCUCUCAUUUUGCAUAUUAGUUUACAAAACUAGUCUCAAGAACUGAUGUAUUGUACGGUCGUUUGAUCUGUUCACCAGUAAUCAGAACAAGAACAAGAGCCUCC